UUUUUCCCCAAAUUAUAUUCGUUUUCACUUUUUUUUUUGUUGUCCGUCUUCCCCCCUCGCGCGUCCAAAACAAUAUCCUUGGCGCCGUCGUGUUAUCGCCCGUAUGGUCCGGGAAACGACGAACUGCCGCCCGGAAAAGAGCUAAAAUAUUUUUUCUUUUUGAAAAGAAACCCAUCGAGAUCCGUCGUGACAGCAAGUUGACACACGCGCGACAUCGCGGCUGUGGACAUUUUCGACGUCGCCCGUACGGUUGCCCGUCCUGCGUGCCGUGUGCGUGCGCGUGUGCGCGUGUUUACGUGAUUGUCCGACGACGACGUGCGCGCGUUGCCGUGAAAAAAAAUAAUAACAAGUGCAAGUGAUGGCCUACCGACCUACAUCGUCGUCGUCGUCGUUGCGGAUUUCGGGAAAUGCCGUGGAAAAAUGACGGCACAAUUGACCGAGUACACGGCGGCCAUCAUGGCCGGCGAUGAAAACGGCGGUAACGAUGACCAACAGCAGCAGCAGCAGCAGCAACCGCCACAGCCACAACAGCCACAACAACAACAACAGACCGAACGGGUAGUGGUGAUAGCGUUUAAAAUGGAAGGCGACGGCAACGGCGAAACGUCGGCGGCGGCCGCGGGUCCGUCGGUCCGACGGGACGACGACGACGUGGACCUGGAACAAAUGGCAGCGCCGUUUUCGGACGAUUCUGCAGAUCAAAAGUGCAUGGACCUGAGUAAUUUAAACGAAGACGAUCAAACAUUUAUUGACGACUCUAAAUGCAUGGACUUAAGUCAUUUGAGCGAUGACGAACCCAAUUUCAUCGAAGGUGGCAACGGCGGCGUGUCCGGUUCCAUGGACGGACUCCAACAGUACAUGACGGUCGGCGGCAGUGCGGCCGGCGGCGGCGCUUCUGUGUCCGCGGCCGCCAUCAACCCGACGGCGUCCGCAGCCGCCGGUUCCGAUAUGCCCGACACCAAAGAGGGCAUCGAGGAACUUUGCCCCGUGUGCGGCGACAAGGUGUCCGGUUACCAUUACGGCUUGCUCACCUGCGAGUCGUGCAAAGGAUUCUUCAAGCGAACCGUGCAAAACAAAAAGGUUUACACGUGCGUCGCCGAAAGGUCCUGUCACAUAGACAAGACACAGCGGAAACGAUGUCCGUUCUGUCGGUUCCAGAAAUGCCUCGAAGUCGGCAUGAAACUCGAAGCCGUCCGGGCGGACAGGAUGCGAGGAGGCAGAAACAAAUUCGGGCCCAUGUACAAACGGGACAGGGCGAGAAAGUUGCAAAUGAUGCGACAGCGACAGAUGGCCGUGCAGACGUUGCGCGGCGGCGUCGUCACUUCGGCCGCGGGCAACAGCCACCACCAAUUCGCCAUGUUGGCGGCCGGGGACGCCGUGACGCUAGGCCAAUACUCGGGCUCGGCCAUCACGUCCUCGGGGUCCAGCCUGCACAUCAAACAAGAAAUCCAAAUACCCCAGGUGUCUUCUCUAACGUCGUCGCCUGACUCGUCGCCCAGUCCCAUAGCUGUGGCGCUGGGACAGGCCGGUCUAGGAUCUCUAGCGGCAGCCGCGGCCGCCGGCACCACGUGCGCGGUCAACCAACAUUCGCAGAUGACGCUGCAGAUCGUUGCUUCGGCCAACGGCAACAACAAUAACAACAACAACAACAACAGCAGUAACAACAACAACAACAACUCGGUGACAAACAUGGGCGCGCCCAACAGCGGACAACCGCCGCAACAUCAACAGCACCACCAACAACAGACACAGCAGCCACAGCAACAGCAACCGGGCGUCGGAUCCGCCGGGUCGAUGAUAUCCGUAAACAAGAUGGCGUGGUCGCCGCCGACUUCGCCCAAAAAUUAUCUGCUGGCCGCCACUACCCAUCAACAACAACAACAACAGCAACAACAGCAGCAGCAACAGCAACAACAACAACAACAACAACAGCCGCCGCACCACGUCAUGGACAACGGCGGCAGUUCGUCGGCCGCCACGCCACCCGGAGCAACCUCUACCGUCGGACCCGCCGGUGGGCCGAAAGGCAUGUCGCCCAUCAUCCGGGACUUCGUACAGGGCUUGGACGACCGGGAAUGGCAGAACUCGCUGUUCAGCUUGUUGCAGAGCCAAACGUACAACCAGUGCGAAGUGGACCUGUUCGAACUCAUGUGCAAGGUGCUCGAUCAAAAUCUCUUCUCCCAAGUGGACUGGGCAAGAAAUUCUGUGUUCUUCAAAGAUCUGAAGGUGGACGAUCAAAUGAAACUGUUGCAGCACUCGUGGUCCGACAUGCUGGUGCUGGACCACAUCCACCAGCACAUGCACAACAACCUGGCCAACGAGAUCAUGUUGCACAACGGUCAAAAGUUCGACCUGCUCGCCCUGGGUCUGCUGGGAGUGACCACGAUGGCCGACUGUUUCGCCCGGGUCAUCGACCGGCUACAGGAGCUCAAGUUCGACGUCGGCGAUUACAUUUGCCUAAAGUUCCUGCUGCUCUUGAACCCCGACGUCAAAGGGAUCGGGAACAGUAAACACGUCCAAGAAGGUCACGAACAAGUGUUGAAGGCCCUGUUGGACUAUUGCAUCACAGCAAAUUCUCAAGUCCAGGACAAGUUCUCCAAACUGUUGUCCGUGCUGCCCGACAUCCAUCACAUAGCCACCAGGGGCGAAGAAAGCCUUUACAUGAAACACUGUAGCGGCGGCGCUCCCACGCAGACGUUGCUCAUGGAGAUGCUGCACGCCAAGCGAAAAUAACAUACAAAUCCGAAAAACACCACAGUAAAAACGUCACCAUACCGACAGCCCUCCCCCCCCAAAAAAAAAAAAUAAUAAUAAACAACAAAAA